UUUCACUUUCCGCAGGAAUUCGAUUCUGGGUCAAUGGACCCCCCGAAUUUAUUCAAAGAUAAAGGAGCCCAAGAUGACAAUCUGGUAUCGUACUCUUCCCCAAUUAGAGCAGCACGUCCACCCCAUGUCAAAAGUGGCUUGUCUUCGACGACGAUCGGUGCUAAAGUCCAUCGAAACUCACCCAGUUCGGGAAGACUCCAAAUAUCCCAAUUGCCUUCCAGAGAGAGAGAGGGAAAAGCAACCGACGCACCCAAUGGAUGCGAAAAAAGAUAGAAGAGCUGAAGCAAUUUGUGAGCCAUUGCAAGUCGAGCCCUUCACUUCUACACGGACCUUCUCUCAGCUUCUUCAAGUCCUAUCCCCAAAGGAAAAUGUAGUGAAAAAUGUCGAACACAAGGGAACUUUUUGAUACAAAAAAUCCAAAUACUUCAACCCAGGAUGAUGAUGGCAUAAUUGAGUCUGAUAUUGAGCUGGACGUUACUGAUGUUGUGGAGCCUGAUGAUGAUACUCCGCAAAAGAUGGUAAACCGUUCAGCAGAUGUUAUGGAAGAGAACUGCAAAGCUGCUCAAAUAGCAAAAUCAAGAGCUAUGGAAGCUAUUGCUCAAGGUAAACUGGAUGACGCCAUAGAUCACCUAACAGAAGCAAUCAUGCUGAACCCAACUUCUGCAAUAUUAUAUUCCACUAGAGCUAGUGUCUUUGCCAAAUUGAACAAAUCAAAUGCUGCAAUUCGUGAUGCUGAUGCAGCUUUGGAGAUCAACCCUGACUCAGCAAAAGGAUAUAAAGUACGAGGAAUGGCAAGGGCCAUGUUUGGCCAGUGGGAAGAAGCAGCAAAGGAUCUGCUUCCAGCGUCGAAGUUGGACUAUGAUGAGGAGAUAGGUUUGGUGCUAAAAAAGGUAAAAGAUCUUGUUGAACCAAGUGCCCAACGGAUUGAAGAGCAUCGCAGAAAGUAUGAACGCUUGCGAAAAGAAAGGGAAGUUAAAAAGGCUGAAUUUGAGAGGCAACAACAGCAAGCUCAAGAGCAGGAUCAAGAUGCGUUGUCUGCUUUGAAUGAUGGGGAAGUUAUUAGUAUUCACUCUGCUGGUGAACUGGAAAAAAAGUUGAAUGCUGCAACAAGGACAUCUCGACUUGCAAUCCUGUACUUCACUGCAACAUGGUGUGGUCCCUGCCGUUUCAUUUCACCCCUCUACACAGGCUUAGCUGCAAAGUACCCAAAAGUAGUUUUUUUGAAAGUCGACAUAGAUGAGGCCAGGGAAGUGGCUGGACGCUGGAAUGUUAACAGUGUUCCAACUUUCUUCUUUCUAAAAAAUGGGGAGGAAGUGGAUAAGGUUGUUGGGGUUGACAAAGAUGCACUUGAAAGGAAGAUUGCACAGCAUGCGGGCUAGAUAUGAGCUAAAGGUCGCUGAAGUAUGAAUUCCUGUAAUUCUCCUUGCUGUUGCCUUCUGAGUACUGUGAUCAUGUCUAUAAUGUUGUCUGUGAAGACAGUAUGGUGUAUCCCUGGUAAAUGACUUGCUGAUUUUGUCUCUCGAGAGUAAUAGCAUUAGUAGAUUUCUUAUGUUUUACUUAUAAAAAAAAAAAGAUUUCUUAUGUUUGCAGUGAGUGACAGGGAUUUUGUUUUUCUAUUAAAAGUGUGAUCGCACCUGCAGCCCUUUUGCAUGUAA